GCGUUUUCACAAUUAAAUCCUCACUCUGAACAUGCUGAACGGUUAUAUCAACUGUUUUGAACCGUUAUGUGCUGCGCCUCUCUUCCCAUCCAGCGAAGACUUAACGGAGAGAGGGUGUUUAUAAACUUCAUUAUUGCCUUUUAACUAUUGACCAUUAAAAACUCGUUGAGUUUACUUCAUUGAAUGUUAUUGGAACACUAUACUUACUUGCUGUAAACUUUGGUUACCUCUGGAAGUUGUCAUAACCCCGCAGUUUCGGGUGAGUCAGACGUCGCAGUGCCGCAGGAGGUAAGAGGUUAAAAAGAGGUAAAAUCUCAAGCUGUGCCUUCUCACUAAAAUACGACUUUAUAUGCCACGCGUUAACAUCCAAAACGAAGUGCGCAUAAAUUUAAAACUAUGUGUUCAUGUUGUUUCAGAGUCUAUGUGCUUUCAUGUGGACUGACUGCAAGUUUACAUUAAGCGUAUGGAUAAUGAGGGAUUGUGUGUAUCACUGAAUAGAGUAUAGAUCCAGUCUCAAGAAUCUUCGAAUGUAAAGCAUACUUGAUACCUUAAGAGCUCAAGGACUCAAAGUCUCUCACAACCAUGAUGACACAAUUCUGCCCAGCCUCCCAACCAUAAUGCAGAGCUGCCAACCUGAACAAGAACAUUUCAGUACUGUAUUUUCAAGGCUGAAAAUCAUUAUUCUGGUAUAUGCAUCGCACAAUUCCAUCACACCAUCAUGAUUCCUGACGCGGUUUUCAUUUUCAUAUUACUAGUGAUCGGGCUAGCAUCGGCAACAGACAUCCCCAGUGAUCUCAAGGUUACAACGAAUAUUGGCAAGGUUCUCGGGAAGAGACUCACAGUCGUUGCUCGUGGUGCUCCAAAUAGACAGGUGGACGCCUUCUUGGGGAUUCCUUAUGCUGAACCCCCAUUGCGUGAGCUAAGAUUUAGACCUCCAGUACCGAAACGAGCUUUUAAUCACACAUUUAAUGCCACAUACUAUGGCUACGGGUGUGAUCAUAUCCCCGACAUGACUUUCCCUGGUUUCCAGGGAUCAGAGAUGUGGAACUCACCGGUAAGAUUACAUGAGGACUGCUUGAAUUUGAAUGUUUGGACUCCCUACCCAAGGCCACAGGCAGCCACUGUCAUGAUUUGGAUUUAUGGUGGUAGCUUCCUGUCUGGAGUCUCUUCGUUAGAAUUGUACGAUGGUCAAUAUCUAGCUGCCGAGCAAAACGUGGUGGUGGUGUCAAUGAACUACCGCCUUGGAGCAUUAGGAUUCUUAGCAAUGGACCAUGAGAGUUCACCCGGAAACCAAGGGUUGAUGGAUCAAAAAGUAGCCAUGCAAUGGGUGCAGGAUAACAUCCACCAGUUUGGAGGAGAUCCUAAUCAAGUAACCAUCUUUGGUGAGAGUGCUGGUGCUGCCAGCGUAGCUCUGCAUAUGCUAUCGCCAGUAAGUCGCACUCUGUUUCAACGGGCGAUCAUGCAAAGUUCUGCAGCCACAGCGCCCUGGGCAACGGUCACCAAUGAUGAAGGUUUAAGGAGAGGCAAGCUCUUAGCAAAAGAAUUAAAAUGCAGUAAAUAUAGUAACGGCACCGAGUUAACCAUCCCUCAAAUGAUAAACUGUAUAAGAACGAGGGAAGUCACACAAAUUCUCGCAAAGCAGUAUGCAGUCACAAACGGUUUCUGCGAGUUUCAAUUCCCACCGGUCGUAGAUGGCACAUUUAUAACAGAAACCCCAAGGACAUCGCUAGAAAGGCACUCUUUUAAGCCCGGAGAAAUCCUGUUAGGGAGCAAUUUAAACGAAGCAAAUUUCUUCCUUAUAUACGAAGUACCAGGAUUCGACAAAGAUCACGAAAGCUUACUGAAUCGAGAUGAGUAUUAUGAUGCUCUGCAGUACGUCUUUCCAAAGGUUAAUAGUUUUGGUCUUGAUGCCACUUCAUUCCAAUACACUGAUUGGUUAGCUCCAAACGAUCCCGUAAAGCUACGAGAUGGUGUGGACUUCGCUGCCGGUGAUUAUCUCUUUACAUGCUCUACAUAUGACCUGGCCUACGCCUAUGCUUCUGCUGGCAAUAAGGUAUAUUACUAUAGAUUCUUAGAAAGAGACUCUACACACCCUUGGCCGGAAUGGAUGGGUGUUCUUCACGGUGAUGAGAUUCUCUAUGUCUUCGGAAUGCCUCUGGUGGCACAGCGAAAUUAUACUGAAAUCGAGGUGACACUUAGUCGGAAAAUCAUGACCUACUGGGCCAACUUCGCGAAAACUGGAAAUCCCAACAAGAUGACAGAGAGUGAUCCAGAUUCUAACGAAUGGCCUAUGUAUAAUACAUAUAAACAGAGAUAUUUAGAACUGACUGAAGAUCUUGCGAAUAACAAUCCUUCCCUAGGCAGAGGACCAAGGGCUGACAAAUGUGCUUUCUGGAGAGAUUAUUUACCAACGUUACAAACGCAAACAGGAGACAUUCGAGAGACAGAAAUAAAGUGGAAGGAAGAGUUCACGAAAUGGUACACAAAACACAUGGUAAAUUGGAAGGCCGAAUUUGCACGCUACAUCAAUAACAAGAACGAACAGUGCGAUGGGCGAUGAACGGAGAUCUUAAAUCAGAGACACUGUAAAAUCACCUGAACACUAUUCAGGGGCGGUGCCACAGGGGACAAGGGGCGACCGCCUCCCCCCACCAAUGAUUUAAAAAGUAAUGC